AUGGAUUUGGAGAUAAUAUCAAGAUAUCAAAGGGAUGUGGCAUUAGAAAAUUCUAACAUGAAAGAACGUAUACGCCAGUGUAGCAGUGAUUAUCAAGGAUCAAAGGAAAGAAACAGCACUAGUGCACCUACAGCAGAUGUAUUCUCCCGAUCAGGAGAUGCUUAA